AUGCUUAGAUUUUUAUCAUCUCUUAAAUUAAGUAAUACACGUUUGAAAAUAAUAAAAUUGUUGUUUUUCUAUUUUCUCUCAUUUGAAAAAGAUGAGAUAUUACCUAGUAUACUAGUUGCUUAUUCUUUAGCUAUAAUAAAAACGAACCAUAUUAAUAUGAGUGAUACAAGAGGUCGUACCUUUUCGCUGAGUGAGAUUGUUUGUAUAAAACCAAGAAGAGUAAAUAGUAUAAUGAGAAAAAUAAAAAGUGUGAAGGAUAUAUGUUAUGUUGACAAUUUAUUUGUUCAUCGGAAAAUUUUUGAGCGGAACAAAUAUGCAAUAAAGGAACCUACAAAAAUAAAAAGGAAGAGUUGUAAAAAUGUAAAUUACGUACACAUUUUAUCUAAAAUAUUUAUGGUAAACGAAAACACUGACAGUAUAUAUAAUAGGAUAAUAAAUAGUAACAUAAUAAAUAAAUCCUUAAAUGAUAAUAUUAUGUACAGAAAUAAUUAUGACCAAAAUUUACUCUUAGAAAUCAGUAAUAAUCAGAUAGACAUUCCAAUAGACCUAGCAAGUUUUGAAAAAGAAGUAAGGAAACUUCUAGACAUUUUAAAAUUCAAAAAUUUCCAAUUAAAUAUCACUUUUGUUACUUUAAAGGAAAUGAAAAGUAUUAAUAAAAUGCACAGAAAUAAAAACAAGCCAACGGAUGUUAUAUCUCUUUUGCAUUAUGUUAAAAAUAAUGAAAAUGAGAAUGAUUUAAAUUAUGAAUUAGUGAACAGUGGUAUUACAGACAGAACAUAUUUUAACGCAGGAGAUAUUUAUCUGUGUCCUGAAUAUAUAAAUAGAGAAUGUGUCAUGUCUAAAAUAAAUUAUGAGAGAAAAGUAAUUAACGGAAAAGAGGCAGAGAGCAGCGCAAGUUGUGCUCAAAGUAGCACUACGGAAGAGGUCAAUAGUUAUAACAGCAAUGAGGGAAGCAGUGUUGGUGGAAGCAGCGAUCAUCUAAGCAAUGAUGGUGAACGCAACAAUGAAAGUGAGAAUAAGAAUUAUUAUGACACUGACGAGGAAGAAAAUGGUCGAGGUGUUAACAAACUUUUCCAGAGAAUCUUUUGUGUCAAUGAAAGGCUUCCCUUCUACGUUUUGCAUGCGUUAAUACAUUUAAUGAACAAAGAUCAUGUAAACAGUUUUAAAGAAUAUAACGAAUUUAUGGACAUGGAGGAGCAAAUCAUUGAAAAAUAUUUAAAAUAUCAUCAUUACUCCCAAACCUUUUACUCACAUCACAUUGUUGGUAUUGGUACUGAUAUUUUAAGUGUUAACAGAAUUUACAAAAUUUUAAAAAAAAAAAAUAAAAACUACUUUUUGAAGAAGGUACUAAAUUCUCUAGAGCUUAAGGAGUUUGCGAUAGAAGAGGGAAAAGAACAGAAAAAAAAACGGGAAGAAAAAGGGGGAGAAAAGAUGGAAGAAAAGGGGAAAGAAAAUUGGGAAGAAAAAAAUAUGCGGAUUAAAGAUGGUAUGGAGAAAUUAGCAAUUUAUGUAAGCAAAAAGUUCGCUGCAAAAGAAGCCAUACUUAAGUCUAUUGGAAGAGGCUUAAGUUCAAUAUCUAAAUACGGUUUAAGUAUGAAUGACAUAGAAAUAAAAAAUGACAAAUAUGGAAAACCACACGUAUAUUUAUAUGACAAGGCAAGGAAAAUAGCUAAUGAAAUGGGUAUCGUAAAAAUUUUUUUAUCAAUAAGUGAUGAAAAAAUAACAUGUACUGAUCAUAAUCAUACCAAAUCGCAUGUAACUACUUGCAAUUUUUGCACAUACCUUAUCCAUGCACAAGCACUAGCUGUAGGCUCUAAUGUAUAA